GACAUGGAACCCAGAAACCACACAGCUGUUUCAGAAUUCCUUCUCCUGGGUCUGACAGAGGACCCAGCACUGCAGCCCCUCAUCUUCAGCCUGUUCCUGUCCAUGUACCUGGUCACCAUCCUGGGAAACCUGCUCAUCAUCCUGGCUGUCAGCUCUGAUGCCCACCUCCACACCCCCAUGUACUUCUUCCUCUCCAACCUGUCCCUCACUGACAUCUGUGUAAGCACAACCACCAUCCCCAAGACGCUAGUGAACAUCCAAGCACACACUCAGAGCAUCAGUUACACAGGCUGCCUCUCCCAGCUCUGCUUUGUCUUGAUCUUCGGUGGCUUAGAAAAUUGCCUCCUUGCAGUGAUGGCCUAUGACCGCUAUGUGGCCAUUUGUCACCCUCUGAGGUAUAUGGUCAUCAUGAAUCUCCGCCUCUGUGUCCUGCUGGUUCUACUCUGCCUGCUGGUCACUACUGUGAACGCCCUUCUGCACACUCUGAUGGUGCUGCGGCUGUCCUUCUGCUCAGCCCUGGAGAUCCCCCACUUCUUCUGUGAACUGACUCAAGUCAUCACACUCUCCUGUUCUGACACCCUCAUCAACAACUUGCUGGUGUUUUGGGGAUCAAUUCUAUUUGCUGGUGUCCCUCUCUCUGGGAUUAUUUUCUCUUAUGCUCGAAUUGUCUCCUCUAUUUUGAGGAUCCCAUCAGUGGGUGGAAGGUAUAAAGCCUUUUCCACCUGUGGGUCUCACCUCUCGGUUGUGUCCUUAUUCUAUGGGACAGGUUUUGGUGUGUACAUGAGUUCUGCAGUAAGUGACUCUUCCAUUAAGAAUGUAGUGGCUUCAAUGAUGUACAUGGUGGUCCCUCAAAUGCUGAACCCCUUCAUCUAUAGCUUGAGGAACAAGGAAAUGAAAGGAGCCCUGGGGCAUCUCUUCACUGUGUCACCCUCUUCUCUGUGA